GCGGGGCGCGCGGGCGGCGGCCCCGCGGGGGGCUCGGGGCCGCGCCUACCUGUGGCGCCGGACCCCGCGCCAGGUGGCCGCGUCCCCGCCCCGCGCCGCGCGCUCCGGCCCGGAAAGUUUGGGGCUCGGCGCCAUGGCCAAGAGCAGCUCCCUGAACGUGCGCGUGCUGGAGGGCCGGGCGCUGCCCGCCAAGGACGUGUCGGGCAGCAGCGACCCCUACUGCAUCGUGAAGGUGGAUGACGAGGUGGUGGCCAGGACGGCGACGGUCUGGCGCAGCCUGAGCCCCUUCUGGGGAGAGGAGUACACGGUGCACCUGCCCCUGGACUUCCACCGCCUGGCCUUCUACGUGCUGGACGAGGACACGGUGGGGCACGAUGACAUCAUCGGCAAGAUCUCGCUCAGCAAGGAGGAGAUCACGGCGGACCCCCGAGGAAUCGACAGCUGGAUCGACCUGAGCCGCGUGGACCCCGACGCCGAGGUGCAGGGCGAGGUCUGCCUGUCCGUGCAGCUGCUGGAGGACCGGCGCGGCCGCUGCCUGCGCUGCCACGUGCUCCAGGCCAGGGACCUGGCGCCCCGGGACAUCUCCGGCACCUCCGACCCCUUUGCGCGCGUGUCCUGGGGCAGCCAGAGCCUGGAGACGUCGACCAUCAAGAAGACCCGCUUCCCGCACUGGGACCAAGUGCUCGAGCUCCGGGAGCCUCCGGGGCCGCCCGCCCCGCUGAGGGUGGAACUUUGGGACUGGGACAUGGUGGGCAAGAACGACUUCCUGGGCAUGGUGGAGUUCACCCCACAGGUCCUGCACCGAGACCCUCCCCACGGCUGGUUCCGCCUCCGGCCCCUCCCCAGAGCUGACCAGGACGUCCGGGGGAGCCUGGGCGCCCUGCGGCUGAAGCUGCGCCUGUCCGAGGACCGAGUCCUGCCCUCCCAGCACUACCAGCCGCUGGCCCAGCUGCUGACCGAGUCCGUGCUGCGCCCCGCAGAGGAGGACGUGGCCAGCCCCCUGGCAGUGCUGGAGGAGGUGACGUCGGGGGACUGCCGCCAGGACCUCGCCACCAAGCUGGUGAAGCUCUUCCUGGGCCAGGGCCUGGCCGUGCCCUUCCUGGACUAUCUCACCCGGCGGGAGGUCGCCCGCACCACCGACCCCAACACCCUCUUCCGCUCCAACUCCCUGGCCUCCAAGUCCAUGGAACAGUUCAUGAAGCUCGUGGGCAUGCCCUACCUGCACGAGGUCUUGAAGCCCACCGUCACCCGCGUCUUCGACGAGAAGCGCUACAUGGAGCUGGACCCCAGCAAGAUGGACCUGGGCCGCACCCGGAGAAUCUCCUUCAAGGGCACCCCCUCGGAAGACCAAGUGCGUGAGGCCAGCCUGGGACUGCUCAAGGGCUACCUGGGCCCCCUUCUGGAUGCCAUUGUGGGCUCCGUGGAGCGCUGCCCGCCCACCAUGCGCCUCGUCUUCAAGCGGCUGCAGCAGCGGGUGGAGACGCGCUUCCCCCAGGCAGAGCACCAGGAUGUGAAGUAUCUGGCCGUCAGUGGCUUCCUCUUCCUACGCUUCUUCGCACCCGCCAUCCUCACCCCGAAGCUGUUUGACCUGCGGGAGCAGCACGCGGACCCCCAGACCAGCCGCUCGCUGCUGCUGCUGGCCAAGGCCACGCAGAGCAUCGGCAACCUGGGCCAGCAGCUGGGCCAGGGCAAGGAGCUGUGGCUGGCGCCCCUGCACCCCUUCCUGCUGCAGAGCAUCUCGCGGGUGAAGGACUUCCUGGACCAGCUGGUGGACGUGGAUGGGGAGCAGGAAGCUGGAGGCGCCGCCCGUGCGCUCGUGCCGCCCUCGGUGACGGUGCGGGAGGGCUACCUGCUCAAGCGCAGGGAGGAGCCGGCCGGCCUGGCCGCGCGCUUCGCCUUCCAGAAGCGUUAUUUCUGGCUCAGCGGGGAGACCCUGUCCUAUUCCAAGAGUCCUGAGUGCCAGGCGCGCUCGUCCAUCGCCGUGCCGGACAUCUGCGCCGUGGAGCGCGUGGACGAGGGCGCGUUCCAGCUGUCGCACGUGAUGCAGGUGGUGGCGCGGCGCGGCGCGGGGGCGCUGCACACCGUCUACCUGCAGUGCAAGAACGUGAACGACCUCAACCAGUGGCUGUCGGCGCUGCGCAAGGCCAGCGCCCCGAACCCCGACAAGCUGGCCUCCUGCCACCCGGGCGCUUUCCGGGGCGCGCGCUGGACCUGCUGCCUCCGGGCCGAGCGCUCAGCUGCUGGCUGCAGCCGCACGCACUCGGCCGUCACGCUGGGGGACUGGAGUGACCCCUUGGACCCGGAUGCAGAGACGCAGAUGGUGUAUCGGCAGCUGCUGCUGGGCCGAGACCAGCUCAGGAUGAAACUCCUGGAGCCCAGUGAGGAGGCGGAGCCAGGGGCCUGUCCUGCUGCCCUGGGCCUGCAGAGGGAGGCGGCCGCCCGCCUGCUGGACGUGCUCGCGGACCUGGACCAAGCCCACGAGGAGUUCGAGCGGCAGGAACGGGUGAAGGGCGCUCCCAAGCCCUUGGGGUCCUGAGCAACGCCGGAGCUAGCUCGGAAGGAAGAGCAGAGACCCUUCGGCUGCCCACAGAGCACUGUGGAGGCUGCAGCCCCCGGAGCCCCCGGACCCUGCGCUCUCAGCCCGUACUGGAGGCGCGACAGCCCGAAGCAGAAGGCCAGCCUUGCGUCCACUCUGGACGGAGCCAUCCUGGAGCGGCUGGAAUCAGGAGUCCCCCCUCCCCCGGCCCCGCCCGAGCUCCCUGUGUCUCUCUGGGUAGUCCUGGACUCACGCCAGCAAGGCCGGCCUGGCCCUCGAGCUGCUGGAUCCAGCAGUGCCUGAAUCCCUGGUGUGUGGCUGUUUUACCCCAGGCACCAAACAGGCUCAGCCCUCUCUGUUCUCAUGUCUGCUAGUCCGCCUCACUUUGCCGUCUCUCCCGAGCCCCGGCCACAAGCUUCUACCCAGGUCUGACACCAACAGGAAGAAUGGAGGCUGGGAGCCCAGGAGGGCGGACCCACUCGAACUCGACUCUUGGAUCCCAAGGGCCCGCCCCCGUCAGGGGCUCCCCCCACCUUUUCUGAGCCCGUUUUACUCUGUAUAAAAUGAGCAAUGAUGGA